GAUAACAACGCAUUACUUUGUGAAGAAUUGCUAAAGACUUUCUUAGUUUCUACUGGAAGUAAAAUAAAUUAAUGGUUUGAUAGAGGCAGAGAAGUAAUGAAUAGCUCUUGACCCAGAUCUGAAGAGAGUAAAGAUUGAAGUUCUUAUCAAUGAAAUAUUAUGACUAGACUACAUCUGUCUGAGCAACAGAAUAUUUCAGACAAACUGUAACGCAGGAGGCCCUGUUCCUGACACCUCGAUCUCUUCAAAACCGAAGGGCAGAGUCCCUUCAGAAUUUUCGGAAGAAAGGGGCCGUGUGCUGUGGUUAAGAUUGAAUUUUGAGUGAAAAUAAGAUGGAAAGCGGCAGCACAAUGCAGAAGCCGAUGAAACGGAGCUGGCGGCAGGCCGAGAGCUACGACCAGAAAGUGGACAUCAGGGUGUCCAAGCGCGAGUGUCUCCGGGAGCGCUUCAACAGCACCACGUGCCGGAGUGGCGGGAAAGAACGGAACACCGACUGGAAGAAUGAACAGCAGAGCAAGAGGCAGAGGGAAUUUUUAAGGAGGAGGCAAAUUGACCAUGGGGUGUCAAAUGGAGAAGAAGAGAAACCACGGGUGCCCAAAGUUGUCCUGCGGUCUAACGUCUGCAGGCCGGCCCUCCUGAACAGACGGUCACUGGUGAUGUCACAGGAGCUUGGAAUAACAUGGCCAGAUCUGAAGACCAUUGAGCAGGCUCUGCCAACGGGAACAGCUUCCUGCCUCUCAGUGCCCCCACAGGAUGAACCCCUGAAAGAGGAGAGAGUGGCCCCGAAAAGAGAACGAGGAGUUCAGACUGAAGUGGAAGGGUUGGUCAGCAGCCAAUACCUUCAGCGAGAGUCCAGCACGCAGACAGAGAGUGGAGUUGUAACUGCGAGUGAAACAGCGAUUCUUGAGCUUUCGGACUACUUACAGGAGGCCCUGCAUCGAGAAGCUGCUCUUAAACAGAAGCUAUCCAUCCUGCAGCACAUCGCCUCUACCCUACUGCUCUCCUCUGAGAAACUGUGGACGGUUCAGUAUAAUGAAGAUCUUAUGAAAUGCAAGAUAGUCUCUCUGGAAUCACAGCUGCAAGUGUGCAUGCAGACAUAUUCGCGGGAUGGUGUGAAGAAGAAGAUGCUGAAGAUGGAAGAGCAGAAGCUGAAGUAUGAAGAAAAGGCCAAGGCGAUGAUGCAGAAAUCUAUCCUGGACAAGCAGGCAGUGGAGGAGAAAGUGCAGAGCUUGGAGGACGCCCUCCGGGCUGCCCAGCAGGAGGCUGAACACUGGAGGGGCCUGUACGAGGACAUGAAAGAGAGCUGUGCAGCCCUCAGGUGGAGCCAUGAGCAAAACACUGAUCAGCUUCACGUCCUACAGAGCAAGCUGGAGCGAGCGGGGGGUCAGGAGGCAGCCCUGCGGUCUCAGCUGGAUACUAUGCAGCAGAACGAGGAGGACCUACUCUCCAGGAUUGCUGUGCUCCAGGAGGACAACCAGCUGAAGAGGGACCAGCUGGACAACCUGAGAGAGAAACUGAAGAGCUCUGAAGAUCAGAAAUCAACAGCAAGCCAUGUGCAGACAACAAGCUCUGGAAUAUGGAAUUCCAAUCCCCAGUCUAGUCACCUGGGGCGAGUGGGGACGAACGAGUGUGCACUGGAAGAAGUAGAACACCAACUGCAAGAAACACAGCACAAGCUGAAGACAAAAGAAAAGGAAUGCGUGGAGCUGCGGCUGGAGCUGGAGGCAGUGGAGCACGAGUACCAGUCCUGUCAGUCAAAGCUGAAGCAGUGCAGGGAGGAGCUCAAGCUUCUGCAGGGCCGGAAGAGACCGAGGCGCUGCAGCACGUGGCUCUGUCUCUCCCUGCUGGUCGUGAUGGUAGCGGUUCUAGUGGCCACCUUCCACCCUCCCAUUUACGAGCAUCUUGCGGCCCUGUAUUCAGUACUGAGGACGCACGCUGACCAGUUCUUCCGAAGAUUCAGCUCACUGGAGUGGGGUAACAGCGACGGACCUCAAAGUCCCCUUUCGUGAAACAGUGGGAGAGGCAGCGAGAGACACCCCUCUCUCAUCCUUAGCGUACAAACAUUCCCAAAACCUCGCACGCCUCCUCAUACAGGUGAAGCUGGAAGUGAAACGAUCUUAUACUACACAAUGAUGUACACAUUUGUGGGAAAAAAAGGCUGAUAGAGGUCAUCUGUUUUUUUAGCAGUGAGGCAUGCUAUCUUGAUGUGAAAAAAACGGGAAGUCUUAAAAAUCGAGUCGUUUUGCAGAUGCUUUUAUGUUAAAGUGACUUUCAGAGACCUAUGUUCAGCAUAACUUCUGAACACACCACGGUUUUAAGUGCAUCUCAGCCAAAAGGCAGAGCACAGGAAAGUGGUCUAACUGGGGCCUGAAGCAGUCUAGAACAAGAUGGUAAAAAGCCCUUUGCCUUAACCACUGCACUGCCUGGGCUCUGUACAAACCCCACCGUUUACAAGGACUUUAACUUCCAAACUCAGGUAUUUCAAGACUGACAUUAAAAAUGGUUUUGAAAAGUAAGGAUGGAAUUUACUUUAGCCUGUAAGGUUCUGAAACCAGCUUUACAUUUUGUACUACAAAAUGCAUGUAUUUUAUUUUUUAUUUUUAUUAUGGAUAAAAUAAAGUGCAAUUGAUGUUUGUACCAUGUUUUCACAGUUUGGGGAAGAAAAUAAUAUUGUACCUCACGAGAAUAAAACAAAAUGACAAAUA